AGAUAGCAUGUGAGGAUACCCCCACGUUCGUGUGCAGCGAAAAAAAAAUGAGAAGUUUUAAAAGGAGCAAAAAAAGCGUUCCAUGCCGAGCUUAUAAAACAUCGCAUCAAAACGUGUAAUCAUUUCGAGUUUAUUUUCGACUGGGUUGCGAGUGAUUCCGCGGAAGAUGAACGUUGGUUCUCCGAGUGCAAAGUGCGGGAGCAUAGAAAAGUAUUGUGAAGAGAAAAGUACGACAAUGGAAAUAGAAACCGAAAAAUCGAUGCUCGUUUAAAAACAUUAAAUUCCGACUGUAAAAAUAUUUUUCUUUCCACUCCGGUUGCGAGUUUCCCGGUCGAUUCAGACUUUAUUUUUACAACAUCGAUCGCCUCGAUCAUAGAGCAAGACCGUUGAGAUUUUUUAAACUCUCUUUAUUUAUGUUUUCGAACGUGACACAAAGCUCUCGUUAUUGUCGUGGACGUUGGUUGUUCGUCACAGACGCCAACCACCGAGGAUAAACUCAGUUUGAAUUAUUCAAUAUUUGUUCGUGUGCAACGGAUUUGCUCUUUAGUUAGAAUAGGACUGGCGAGUCAUGCUGUAUGGGAUUCGCUCGUACGAGCGCGCAGGCGAUUCCGAAGGAGAUAGAAAGGGAGAGAAUAUAAACGCGGCCAGCCGCACGUCGAGGAUGUCGUUCCACGCUUCCUUAUGUGCUCAAUCCUGUAUUCCAUAAAAGUAUCUUCGAUGCGCGUAUCGUCCGAGAUUCACCACUCAUCAAAUUGGUCGAUCGAGUCCACCUAGAUAAAGGAUUUCGCAGUAAUGCCAACUUACCACAAUGCGGGUGGCGGGUACCCGAACGUAUCAGUACCAGCGCGUCAGGGAAAGCUCGACGGGAAUCAAAAUCAUCACACGACGAUACCAUCGAACGUAACGAGUCAUUCCCUCAUACAGAACGCAACGCAGAACACUAUUUCGACGAAUUUAAUGGGCACGAAUAUGCUGCCCCAUCCUGUAUCACCGAUAAUGACGAGCCACGCCGGCGUAACGUCACAAAAUGUAACGAGCCACCUCAACCCAGCGAGUCCGCCUGUAAUUAUCACCUCAAACGUUACCAAUCCCGGCAACACGACGGCAGCACCCUUGUCGUUGAAUCCGAGACACGAAGUCAAGCUGAAUGCCAUGCCAUGGUUCCAUGGUAAAAUCUCGAGAGAAACAGCGGAGAGACUUUUACGACCGAGGGAGGACGGUCUCUUUCUAGUCAGAGAAUCAACUAAUUUUCCUGGUGAUUAUACGCUGUGCGUUUGUUACCAGGGGCGUGUACAGCAUUACAGAGUAAAAUACAAGAAUAAUCAGCUGACGAUAGACGACGAGGAGUUUUUCGAAAAUUUGGCAUUGCUCGUGGAGCAUUACGAACAAGAUGCGGACGGUUUGUGCACGCAGUUGACGAAAUCGUUGCCGAAACAGGGGAAACAAGACUUUUGCGUCGAUCCGAAAGCCUUCGUCGAGGCUGGAUGGGUCAUACAGACCCACGAAUUGGAGUUACGGGAGUGCAUCGGCAAAGGUGAAUUUGGUGAUGUUCUGCUGGGCGUUUAUCGCGGCGAGAGAGUCGCUGUUAAAAUGCUCAAAGACAAUAGCGAAGCUGCACAAAGAUUUCUCGCUGAAGCGAGCUUAAUGACGUCGUUGAUACACGACAAUCUUGUUAAAUUACUCGGUCUUGUGUUCAACAAUCAACAUAUGUACCUGGUUACCGAGUAUAUGAGUAAAGGAUCCCUGGUGGAUUAUCUCAGAUCACGAGGGAGAUUGCACGUUACCAAAAAGGAUCAGAUCAAUUUUGCAUUCGACACAUGUGCGGGAAUGGCAUAUCUGGAAUCAAGGCACGUCGUGCAUCGCGAUUUAGCAGCCAGAAAUGUACUCGUUGCUGAGGACAAUUCGGCAAAAGUGUCGGAUUUUGGUCUCGCCAGGGACGAAAAUUUCUCGCUGGAUGGUGGCAAAUUACCCAUCAAGUGGACAGCACCGGAAGCUCUCAAACAAAAUAAAUUUUCAAACAAGUCUGACAUGUGGAGUUUCGGGAUCCUCUUGUGGGAAAUCUAUUCCUUCGGUCGUGUACCAUACCCAAGGAUACCAUUAGCGGACGUUGUUAAAUGCGUGGAAAAAGGAUACAAGAUGGAGCCACCUGACGGAUGUCCUUCCGAAGUUUACGACAUAAUGAAACAAGCAUGGGAUUUACAGCCGGAGAAGAGACCGUCGUUUCUCGACAUAAAGGGAAAGCUCGGACUGCUCAAAGUUGAGUACACCAAAUGUGCGAAUUAAGCAAGGCUACUUAUUUCAUAUGGUAGGAAAAUAAUAAUUGGGGGGGGGGGGGGGGGGCGAAAAGGGACAUUGGUAUUAGUCGCCGGGUAAAAAAAAAAAAAAAUAAACAAACGAACACAAGCAGAGGGCAAAAAUCAAGUUCUUUGGGUUCUUCCGAAACGUGAGCGAUCGAUCGAUCGAUUCGAAAGACUCUUGAUUCGAGAAAAAAAAAGUCUGUACAAUGCGAAAACAAAGAAAGAAGAAAAAGGCUUGAAGCAAAAAAUGUAGGAAUCGCGUAUUUCGUAUUUAUUUUAUAAAAGAAAAAGAAACAAAAGACAAAAAGCAAAACUAAGUUAAUCACGAUGAUGAAGUGAAACGGUUAUAAUUUGUACGUGACAAUAUAUUCCACGAAUGUUACCUAAGUCGAUUGUGCCUUUGUUCAACCGAAUGACUUCUGAAGAACAGAAAAAGCAUAAAGCAAAAAAAAAAAGAAAACCAAGUGAAAAGAGAAGAUUGAAAAAAAUGCAAAAUUUACCCAAGUUCAGUGUACUCGAAAAAUCAAACGAUUGAUUACGAAUUACCUUCCCGAUGUAGUGUUAAAGAAAACAAAAUGAAACGAUCGAAAUACGACUAAAAAUAAAAACGUUUCGACGAGAAGCCAAAGCUCUGAAACAGAGAGGAUUAUUAUCUUUUUGUUAUUUUUUAUUCUCUUCAUUCGUAAUUUAAUUACCGGAUUAGAACAACUAUGAAAUCCUCUCGAGAACUUUACGUGGCACAAAUUAAAACUUAAAAAUAACAAGCACAAUACGACUAGAUUCUAGCUGAAAACAAAUGUCAUCGUAGAUUUUGCAACGAUCAUACAAACGGCACUCUAUACAUAAGCGUAAAUUUCAUGAGAAAAACAGAAAAAUCGUAUACGAAGCUUACGAAAAAAAAAAAACAUCAAUUUAUCAUCCUCAAAGUCGUUACUUUCGCGAAGCAGCUAUUAUCAAAACGGUACAAUGUUUGUAUCAUUGAAAUCUAACAAAAGUUUUCCACUCAUUUACGCUUCGAACGAAGGCUAUUCUGAUUUCGUAAUGUUCAACUCGUACGCAAACUUUGUCGAAACUUUCAACAGGAUUUGUGGAAUACACGAUUGAACUGUAGUCCAACAUGAGAUGAAAAAUAUUUUCAACGAAAAUUUGAAAAAAAAUUCAUCCAUGAAAAAUCAGAAUCAGUUGAUUGUUCUAUCGGCUUCAAAAUAUUGAAAAAAAUCCUCGCCAAUUCUUCAAUAACUGUGUUUCAGCAAAGAAUUUUUGUACUGAUUCAAAGAUGAUAAAGCUUUGGCGAACCACUGAAUACUCAAAUUUCGUUUGAACAAAAUAGUUCGCGUGAAAUCGAUGGCCAAGAAAACUUGGAACUGAAGGCGUAUAGGAAAGUCGGAUUUUGUUACGUUUCAACGAUGCUGAGUUUUGUCACCGCAAAACGGUUGCGGAUGAGCUCUAUCCUUGUAGAUCUGACAUUUAGAAUCGAUAAAUCGAAGGAAAAACUUAGGCGAACCGAUCUAAGUUACAUCCAACAUUUUUAUUUGUUUAAUCAAAGAUUUAUCGUAGCUAGAAUUUAAGAUUAACUAAAUUAUUACAACAUAAAAGGAUAAAAAUUAAGUUUAAAAUGUGUCUCGGAAUAUUCGACUAUGUUAUGAUUAAUUAGUCUUGUACAUGUUAAAAUUGUAAAUAUUUUCUGUACAUAAUUGCCUAAACUGGGAGAGGAGGGAGGGGGAGAGAGAGAGAGAGAGAGAAAGAGUAAAAACUCAAUAAUCCCGUAUGAGAGAUGUUGAAAGCAGUUAAAGAUUUAACGCGAGUGUUUAUAGUAUUUUCAAGGGUUUUUUUUCUCAAACAAUCGAUAAGUCGUUCUCACAAUUAAAUGGUAACGAGGACGAAGGAAGCAGCUAAAAAUGAAAAGUAUAGGGAUACUCGAGUAUGCGAAUGAAAUGAAAAUCCAAAUUGGGCGCUGGAACGACGGGCAAACAUUCAUAUUGCUCUCGUGUAUGAUUUGCGUACUCCUCGUAAAGCAGAGAUCACUCAAUUUGGUCCAUAAUGAUGGGGAAUAUCAGCGAACCAGAUUUAUUUAUACUUUGAUACCAAACGAUUUACGAUUAAGAGGGAAAUCUCGUGCGGUAGUUGAAACUAUAAUGAAACUGUAAAGGAAACUUACACUUUCCAAAUGGUUUCGAAUUUUUGUAAUUUUUUCAAUAAUUUUGUACAUCUUUUUCGAAGUUUUAGUAGCCAUUCAGAAACAGAAUUAUCAGAAUAAAUUACCCAUGAAAAAUUAAUUUUUUCAGCCCCCGUGCGAGAUUCCCCUAGAGGUGAGGGAUCCGAUUAAUACGUAGAAUAAGCCCGAUCAGCUGACCGUCCUAAAAAUCUGCCUUACUCAAAGUAGCGUUAAUUUCUAGUCGAAUAAGUGUUUAAUGGACAUUCUUCGUUUUACAAACCCGUUUUCUUCCGUGACAAUGAUGAAAGAUUUUAAGAAAUCAUUUGUUUUUUCCCAUUGAGAUUACUCAACACGAACAUUUUUUUUAUUAUUUAAUUAGAUCAGACUAAUGCUUUUAAUGAGUUGACAAAAAUAAGAAAAUAUUGAUACUUGCAUUUCGAUGAAAAAUCAAUCCAAAAAUUGGCUGCUUCGAGUGAUCGAUAAUAGUGAAUUUCUGGGUUUGUAAAAUCGCUGAACACAAAUUUCACACUUAUUUUGCUAGAAUUCACAGAAGUAGCUACCUCGAAAGAAUCCUUUGCAGUGCUACUCUGCCACGUUUUUCUCUACUAGUAAAUACAAAUAUUUGUUUUUCAAGAUUUUUUUUUUCACCGAGAGAGAAAUGAAUGUGUCUAGUAUCUUCGAAACAACGUGAAUACAGAAUAAUUGGAUCCUUCAUCUUACGCUAGAAGCUUCAAAUUAUGCGAGUGAUACGAACGACUUUCGUGUCUUGUUAAUGCUAUCGAAUUACGUUAUUGCAUCGUCGAAUUAGAAACGAAAUUUCUCUUCAGCAGUGCUCGUGAAUAAUUCACAAUUCAGAGCUGUGAAAAUUGAUCGACAUUUUUGUUGGAAAUUAAAGAUAAAUAAUCAAAAUAAGAAAAAUUUGACACUUCGAUAAUUGAGAGAAAAAUCGUCAAUUCAAAAGGAUUUUUCGUUUCGAGUCACAAUGCAAAUGUCUUUAUUAGCUCUGUGCUACUGCUGCCGAGAAAAAAUUCUUCAAUAUUUUGUAGAACUUUGUCAAGCAUAUUCUAGAACUGAAUUUUCUUCCCCGUUUCGAAUACGCUCCGCACAAUUGUAUAUCUUUUAUAAGGCUUUUAUAAGCCUUCGUGUUUUAUACUCAUUGCAACGAUCGAGCAAAAAACAUGAACGUUUUUCAUUCGUCACAAAAAUAAUCACGAUCGUAUUUCUGGCUAGAGAAUCCGUCGAGAAUCGUUCGGAGUCCUUGCUUUUUUCUUUGCUCCGAUUGAUUAGGUGAUUUUUUUAGAUUUUUACAAAAAAAAAGUUCUGCAAUAUUUGUUUAUUUUAUUGAAGUUUUUUCGUACUUUUGUACAUUACGAAUUCAGCAGCUCCUUUUUAUCAUUUUUAAUGAAAAAAGUUCUACAAUAUUUGAUUAUUUUAUUGAAGUCCUUGGUACUUUUGUACAUUGCGAAUUCAGCAGUUUCUUUUUACCAUUUUUUAUCAAAUCGAAAUGUCUAACGACAAAAUUCUCAAUACACUCCUUUUUCGUGGCAUAAAUCGUGAUAAUAUUCUUACGAGAGACGACGUCGAAAUCAGCCUGCGAAUUAAGAAUUUCGAGACUGAACCCGAGUUUGAUGAAUCGGUCGAAACUUUUCCGGUCCGAAUUCGGUUUCGUCUCAGAAUUAAAUGAUCAUUAGUCGCGCUCAUAUUUCAAAUGUUCGAAUUCGUUGCAAAAUUGUUUUGAAACACGAAACUAUGUUGACUGCGAUUUUCGAUGUGUUUGAGGUUCGGAUGUUCCGACGAAAAAGAAAAAAGAACAGCUACGAAUAUAAACAAAAAGGAAAAGAGAGCAGAAAAAGAGGAAUGCGUGGAUCGAUUCUUAACACUUUUCAUUGUAACCAAUCUCCAUUAGUUUGUAAGAAAUUUAAUAUAUAUAUUGAGAUCAAAUUACACAGAAUAUAUCAUGCGAUUGAACUAAA